AUGGCCGCCCCGAGUCAUCCUCCAGCUCCUGCCCGGGCCGAGGAGGAGAGGCAGAGGAGGAGGAGGAGGAAGUGGCAGGUGUUCCCCGGGAAGAACCGCUUCUACUGCGAUGGUCGCGUCAUAGUGGCCCGCAAGAGUGGAGUGAUGCCCCUGACCCUCGGGCUGAUCCUGAUCACCAGCGGGCUUUUCUUUGUGUUUGAUUGCCCCUUCUUGGUCCAGCAUCUGACCGUGUGCGUACCAUUUAUCGGAGGAGUGCUUUUUGUAUUUGUCCUCAUCACACUGCUGCAGACGACCUUAAGCGACCCAGGGAUCAUGCCCAGAGCCACGCCUGACGAAGCCGCGGACAUCGAGAAGCAAAUUGAUGAGUCUGGAAGCACCAGCCACCAGUCUCCUCCGCGCACGAGGGAAGUGGUCAUAAACGGGCAGCUGGUCAAACUCAAGUACUGUCCCACGUGUAAGAUGUUCCGUCCGCCUCGCACCUCUCACUGCAGAGUGUGUGACAACUGUGUGGAGCGCUUCGACCAUCACUGUCCGUGGGUGGGGAACUGUGUGGGAAAACGCAACUACAGAUUCUUCUACUCCUUCAUCGUGUUUCUGUCCUUCCACACGGCCUUUAUUUUUGGCUGCGUGACCACACAUCUCGCUCUGAGGGCUCAGGGCGGCAAAGGACUUGUGUUUGCUCUGCAGGAGAGUCCGGGCAGUGCAGUGGAGCUGGUGGUAUGCUUCUUCUCAGUAUGGUCCAUUGUGGGCCUCUCGGGCUUCCAUACGUACCUUGUAGCUUCCAAUCGAACCACCAAUGAAGACAUCAAAGGCUCGUGGUCGGCUAAGACGGGAGGAGAACCAGUGACGAACCCGUACAGUCACAGAAACGUCUGUAAAAACUGUUGCUCCAUCCUUUGUGGACCGAUGCCCCCCAGUUUAAUUGACAGACGGGGUUUUCUGCCAGAAGACGAAUGUGUGCAGACAGGAGGGAAGGACAUGGAGCUGCCUGUAGUGAGCACGAAGACUGAAAUAAAUGUGUGCGCACAGGGGACCAAGGGCCUCCUGGAGUCUGCUGCCCGCUCCCCGCUGCUGUCCAGCUCCUGCCCUCAGGGGAAGCCUCACUCCUGCCCGGACAACCACCUCACCGUGCUCCCUCACCCUGCCCCGCAGUCAGCCAACAUACAACCCGCUCCCCCAGGGUCCUCAGCCCCGCACCGAACCAAGACACACAACUCUCCACCACAAAGAACCAAAACACACGGCUCUCCACCACAAAGAACCAAAACACACAGCUCUCCACCACAAAGAACCAAAACACACUCAUCCAAGAGGAGAAAACACACAGAGACUCACACAUCCAACUCUGGCUUGGAGGACAUAGCGCCCCCUACCUCAGUGGAUCCGGAGCGCCAACGCCAUAAACACCACCGCCAUCACAACCGCUCCAAAACCCAGCGUCAUUGA